AUGCAAACCGGCAGCGAUGAUGUCAGUGAAGAAACGCAAACCGAGGAGCCACUGAAUGAAAUCAAAUGGACUCAACAUCCGCCACACGAUGACUACGGCUGGGGAUCAGAGAGUGCAAGUCAUGAGUCUGUGGAAUCUAAAGAGGACGAAGAAAUGGCCAUGUUCCGCGAAAAUCAUCUACAAAAUCCUCGUCUGAAGCAGUUCGUAGAAGCUGCUGGACAAGUUGUAAUCGACUUGAUCACAUCACGCCAAAAGACUUCAUCUGACCUUCUUCUGCAGAACAAGAGCGUCUUCUCCUUUAGUUUGGGCUAUAACUCAUUCGAACUCGGUCCAAUCUCGCAAGCAAAUCGUGUCACAACUAUCGGCCUCAACUCAAAGGAGCCUGAUAUCCUUUUGGCGGGGUUCUUCAUCAAGGAAUCACCUGCUGAAGAUAUUGUUAAUCGAACUCUUCUCGUAGAAUUCUACCUUGACCAACGCCCUCCGAAAAGGCUCUUCUUAUCGGAGGGUGAUGUCACAUCUACGUGCUACACAGCAGAUGGUACUGCGUUGGUAGCUGGCGUGGUCGAUGGUGCGGUGGAAGCGUUUGAUUUGUUGGAACCAUCAACUGCUUUUCCGUCGUCUAUGCCUUGGAUGGAUAGUCCAACUGAUAUUGCCCUGCGAUUGCCCGCCUACGAUUCAUCGUUUCUCAGUUCGACGCUAGCUGAUGGCAAGGCGCACCCAAUUGUGGAAGUUCAGGUCAUGCAGAAUGAGAAUGAGUAA